GGUCGAUUGGUCUCUUCUGGCAGAAACAGGGCCUUCCAUCUUAUGGUAGCAUUUGUACGCAUAUCGCAACGUUAUAUGAUCAAUGCUUUAUAGUUUCUAAUUUUACUUCAACUACAAUAUUGUACACAAUGGCCGACGAUGAGUUAGAAGCAAUCCGGCGGCAAAGAAUGGCCGAACUGCAGGCAAAACAUGGGGAUGUUUCAAAUGAUCAUAAAGGACAGCAGGAGGCCAAACAGAAAGACACAGAGAUGAGAAACUCUAUAUUGGCCCAAAUCCUAGACCAGUCCGCCCGUGCCAGAUUGAGCAAUCUAGCUUUGGUGAAGCCAGAGAAGGCCAAAGCAGUGGAGAACUAUCUCAUACAAAUGGCUCGUUAUGGGAAACUGGGAGGAAAGAUUUCAGACUCCGGCUUGAUUGAAAUCCUUGAAAAUGUCAGUCAGCAAACAGAGAAAAAAACGACUGUCACAUUUAACAGAAGGAGGGUGAUGGACUCGGACGAUGAGGAUGAUUACUGAUGCUCCAAACUGAAUCCCUGAAUAAGCAAGGUUGCAUAGUGGCAGCGUCCCGGAGAAGAAAUGCUUCAAGUGGGACUCUCUUCAUUGGCAGCCAUCUUUUGAUGGAUGAAUUUCCUUUAGUUGAAUGCUGGAAUGCCACAGCAGUUUUUGUGUGGUUCUGGAAACUACAUGCCCAUUAGGAAGACUGAGAGGUUGUCAUUGUCAAAAUUGGGGCAUUUUAACAUACAUGAUGAUAGUGCAAAUGUAAUUGUACUUAAAACACUCUGUUCCAUGUAAGGUGUUACAUUCUUGCACUGCAUGUAUUGUACCCCAAUUCUGACAGACCAUAGUAAUCCUUUUUUUACCCUCUUAGUUCUCCUCUAUAGCUAAAAAUACAUUUCUCACUGUUUUCACCAUGAUCAACUUUUGUUCUUUAAACACAAGAAGCUGGACAAAAUGUGAAACAGAUACUCCUGUGACAGCAUUUUAUCCAGCCUGAUUUGUGAAUACUGUAUAUUACUAUUCAGUGCUAGCAUCCUAUCUGCUGUGGAUAUAGCACUUUGUUAUAUUCUUUUGUUCUUACUAGCAUGUAACAUAAAUGUUUACAUUAAAAAAAAUAAAAAGCCUUAUAUGAAAAUCUUGUCAA